GUCCUCCGUGCUAACAUAGGAGGAGCGGGAACAGAAGAGGAAGAAAUUGGAGAUGGAGGAGAUGAAGAUGAAGGCACUCAAGAGGAAGAACGAGGAACUGGCCGCCAUUAUGAAGGAGGAAGAGGAGGAGGAAGAGGAAGAGGAGGAGGAGGAGGAGGAGGAGGAGGAGGCCAAGAAGAAGAGCGGAGUACAGGACGAAGGGGAGGAGAUCAGCUUCGAGGAUAUGCACAAUAUGGAGACGGUCGAUGAGGCCUCGGAUGACGGGGAUCAACACAUGCACAGCGGAGAAGAGGACGGAGACGAGCAUGAUGAUUCGGUUGAAGAAGAAAAUGAAGACCUGACAGGAUUGAAAACUGAUGACUUGGAGGAUGACUCGGACAUACAGGAAGUUGGUGAAGAUGAUGAUGGUGACUAUGGUGAAGAGGAUGUAUGCAUGCAGGACGACAAACAGACCCCAGAGAAGGAACCUAAUGGGGCCCCGGAGUCAAUAGAUGAAGCCAUGAAGGAGGAACUUGAGGAUGAAGUGGAGGAAGUGGGAGAGGAUAUGGUUGAGGAGGAGGAGGAGGAGGAGGAGAAGGAGGAGGAGGAGAAGGAGGAGGAGGAGAAGAAGAAGAAGAGUGACAAGGUAGAGGAGAAGAAGAUUGAAAAGGUAGAGGAGAAGAAGAUUGAAAAGGUAGAGGAGAAGAAGAUUGAAAAGGUAGAGGAGAAGAAGAUUGAAAAGGUAGAGGAGAAGAAGAUUGGAAAGGUAGAGGAGAAGAAGAUUGAAAAGGUAGUACAGGUGAAGGAAGAGGUCAGAAAGAGCAGUGAGCCAACGACCACUCCAACUGCCCGUCGGGGUCGAGGGAGAGGCACAGUGCGACCCAGCAAAUAGGUCCGACCUCUCGACGAUUUUGUGAUUGGUUAACCAGGAUAACGAUGACCCGAUUUUGUGGCAGGAGAAAUAUUACAGGUACAACAUCGUGUAGGCUCAAUUGUAGGUUAAGUUGGCUGGUUUGGCGAGCGGAUGGUUGGUCUGUUUAGGUGUAAUAGAUCAUAACCUGAUCUUUAAAUAGCUGCCAUCAUCAGUGGUAGUUAGCUGUAGGGACGGUGGCCAUCAUCAGUGGUAGUUAGCUGUAGGGACGGUGGCCAUCAUCAGUGGUAGUUAGCUGUAGGGACGGUGGCCA